AUGGCCACCUCGCUUUCCUCGCGCUGCGUUACGCCGACAUCAGGCAUCGCGAAUGUCGAACUGAGGAGCUCGUUCGUCGGUUCCCGGGUUUCGCUCGCUCAGGCGAAGCCAUGUGUGGUAACCACGUUUCGCGGCGAGGGUGUCAGAUGCGAGGCGGGUUCAUCUCGUCAGCGAAAGCACAACGUGUCAGCGAACGCUCAAGCGGUUGAAGCGGAGGGAGCGACGCAGACGCUGAACAUCGCAGAGGAUGUUACACAGCUGAUCGGCAGCACCCCCAUGGUGUAUCUCAACAAGGUUGUGGAUGGCGCCCUGGCAACCAUCGCAGGGAAGCUCGAAAUCAUGGAGCCCUGCUGCAGCGUCAAGGACAGAAUCGCGUACAGCAUGAUCAACGACGCUGAGGAGCGAGGGGUGAUUGCUCCAGGCAAGAGCGUGCUGGUGGAGCCGACGUCGGGCAACACGGGCAUCGGCUUGGCGUUCAUAGCAGCGGCGAGGGGCUACAAGCUCGUCCUCACCAUGCCCGCCUCCAUGAGCCUCGAGCGCCGCGUGCUGCUCAAGGCCUUUGGGGCCGACCUCGUGCUCACGGACCCCGCCAAGGGUAUGAAGGGUGCUGUGGCCAAGGCGGAGGAGAUUGUGAAGGGUACCAAGAACGCCUACAUGCUGCAGCAGUUUGAAAACCCCGCCAAUCCCAAGGUGCACUUUGAGACAACGGGGCCUGAGAUCUGGGAGGACACUAACGGGCAGGUGGACAUCCUUAUAGCGGGGAUAGGCACGGGCGGCACCGUCACUGGCGUGGGACGCUACCUGCGCAGCAAGAAGCCUGGCGUCAAGAUCAUCGGUGUGGAGCCCAAGGAGAGCGCCAUUCUGUCCGGUGGCAAGCCAGGUCCGCACAAGAUUCAGGGUAUUGGAGCUGGCUUUGUGCCGGGCAUUCUAGACGUGGGGCUGCUGGACGAGGUCAUUCCGGUGAGCAGCGAUGACUCGGUGGCCAUGGCCAAGGACCUCGCAGUGAAGGAGGGAUUGCUGGUGGGAAUCUCGUCAGGAGCAGCGGUGGUGGCGGCGCUUCAAGUGGCCAAGCGGCCUGAGAAUGCCGGCAAGCUGAUUGUCGUGGUGCUGCCGAGCUUUGGAGAGCGGUACCUGUCAUCAGUACUCUUCUCUGCCCUGCGGACAGAGGCAGAGCAGAUGACACCCUCCGUCUGA